AUGGGGAGUCCGGGAGUGAGCAGCCGCCCCGCGAGCCGCAGCGGCAGCGCGGACAACAGCCGCAGCAGCAGCUGCGCGCGCGACGCGUCUUCCUCGUCUACGCCUCCUCCUUCCACGUUCAGUUCAUCGCGACUUCGCGCGCAGGCCGAGCGCCAGGCGGCCGCAGCUGCGGCUCAGGCGGAGACCUCCUCCUCUUUCUCUGCCUCGACUCGCGGCGGAGGGAGCUCCGGGUCCACCAGCGGCACGUCCUCAUCCGCCUCUUCCUCCUCGUCCUCUUCGGCGUCUUCGGGAAGGAGCACCAAGUUUGUUGGGUCAUUUUUCAGUCAUGGGAGUUCUGGCAGCGGCCGCUCGAAGCGCGGCGGGAUGUGGUGUUACAUCUGCCGCGACUCGAUGCAGCGAGGCGAAGAGAAUACCGUGGAGUGUACCGUUUGUCCGAAGCGAUUUCACCUCGAGUGCCUCCAGCAGGAGGGCGUGAUUCAGCCGGGGGAGCGCGUCUCGCUGGACGACUGGAUGUGCCCGCAGUGCCUCGAGGAGCACGAGGAAGACGAGAUCCAGAACGACGAACGCUGCUUCAUCUGCAAGCGCAAAGAGCCGGAAGACGAAGAGGAAGACCGGCUGCUCAUGUGCGACGGAUGUCCCAACAGCUACCACAUGCGCUCCUGCUUGAAGCUCACCAUCGAACCCGACGAAGAAAAGUGGUUUUGCCCCGAGUGCAAUCCCUCGGGGUUCAAGCAGGACGAAAUUCGGCGCCUCGGCAGAGGGCGCGCAGGCGCGGGAGGCACAGAGGGCAGGGGAGAGAUUGUCAACUCGUCCACCUGCUACGUCUGCCAGCGACCUGGAAAACUUCUGGGGUGCGACUUCUGUGUCAACAGUUUCCACCCGACCUGCCUGGUUGAUGUCGAUUGGGACGCCAUCGGCGAGGAGUGGGAGUGCCCAGUGUGCAAGGGCCGCGACCCUCUGGCGAACCAAAUGCACAAGCGGUGGUCGCGGGCGGAGAUCGAGGCGAAGCGAAAGGAGCGAAUCAAAUGUCUCGAGAGAAUCCGCGUCAAAACAACCAAAUACCGCAACCGCUUCCUCCUCGUCCACCAAAAGGAUUUAGGCCCCUUUGUCAAUCAGAAGGUCCUUAACAACCUAGCCAAGUCGUUCAGAGCUCAACUAGCAGGAAGCGCCGCUGGCAAGAAACGCGGGUCUCAGUCUCAAGGAGGGCGGCUCCAGGUCGAGCGCUCCAUUCAGGAUCUCUUGGAGAGCUUGGAGGAUGAAGCCGUGGAGGAGAGUGCAAAGUUCGUUAAGCGCGCGUACAGGGCGUGCCGUCAUCCAAGCGGCCGAAAGAUUGAGGGCGUCCCGCUGCGCGAGGGAAUCGAACUCAAACCCCAUCAGGUCGAAGGCGUUGAAUGGCUGCUUCGCUCGUUCAUGACUGGCGGAGGCAUUCUCGCCGAUGAAAUGGGUCUCGGCAAGACGAUUCAGACCCUCUGUUUCUUAUCGUACUUGAACGCAAUGAAGUUGGAAGGCCCGCACCUGAUCGUCGUCCCUCUCUCCACCGUCGGAAACUGGAUGCGAGAAGUUCAUCGCUUCACUCCGUCUCUGACUCACAUCAAAAUCUGCGGCUCCCGCGCGGAGCGGCAGCACGCCAUGGAAGAUCGAUUGGCGCAGAAGGGUUUGUAUGAUCUGUAUAUCACGACGUACGAGACGGUGAAGAGCGAGGAGGAGUUCUUCGUGGAGACGAUCCCGCACUGGCAGUGCAUUGUGUUGGACGAAGCGCAUCGCAUCAAGAACGCGUCUGGAGCGAUUCGCCACGCCCUCGACCGCGUCAUUGGCAACAUGCGCUUGCUGUUGACGGGGACCCCGCUUCAGAACAACGCAGCAGAGUUGUUCACGCUGAUCAACUUCCUGAUGCCCGAUGUCUUCCGCGACUCGCAGAUGAUUGAGCAGGCCUUUCUUGCUAAUCCGCAAGCCGGCGGCGCAGGCGCGACUGCAGUGAACAAGCGCGACUCGCCCGCAGGCCGCGGUGCGAGCUCCAGCGCGGGGAGCCAGAACGGCAAGAAGACCCCUGUCGUCGAGGUCGACACGCUCUUCCGCCAGGAAGACCUCGAAGCCAUUCGCAACCUGCUCGAUCGCGUGAUGCUCAGGCGCCUGAAGGAGCAAGCGAUUGCGCUCCCCCGGAAGUCGUUCCACUCUGUCUGGCUGCCGCUCUCGGCGCCUGCGGCUUCCUGGUACGAGAGGCUCCUGCGAAUCCGCGCGCUGCAGGAGGCGGGCAAAGACAAGCUAAGCACCAGCUCGUACCGAAAAAUGCUCGGACUGGUCAUCAAGAUGCGAAUCAUCUGUGCGCAUCCGAAGGCCAUUUGCGCGCGCGAGAGCCAGAUGCAGCGGCUCCAAGCGUUCUUCGUCGAGGAGAAGCCUGAGAUGCAGACGGAGGUCAUCGAGGCCGCGCGAGAGAUCCAGCAGGUGGAGGGCGAGGCGCACAUCACCUGCAGCGCGAAGCUCACGUUCUUGGAUAAGCUGAUGCGGCAUCUGCACACCUUGAACUGUAAAUACGUCCCUGGCUACGAGAAAGACUACGAGAAUCAUCGCCGCGAGACGGCGACGUACAAGUUCUACAAGCGCCACGAGGAAACUGUGAAGGAAGAGACGGCGGCAGGGCGCAAGCCGCCGCGUCGCCCAAAGAGAUCUGAGCUGCCAAACAUCGAAGAGUUCCAGCGCUUGCUGCGGCUGGGGCACCCGUGUCUAGCCGGGGUGCCGACAGCGGAGAACCCCGACUUUUUGGAGGAAGGCAUGUAUGCUGCAGAGUUGCAGAUGCCGCAGCCGCUCGAGUCGAGCUCCUCGUCGUCCGCGGAGGGCGAGGACGGGCUGGGGAGUCCCCUGAAUGGCGGACGACGCAGAAGCGAAGACGCCGAUAGGGAGAACGACGAGGAGGGAGAUUCUGACGCUGGCGGGAAGAAAGAGCGAACCCGAUGCCUCUUGUCGUCGCAGUCUUCGCGGCGGGAAUCCUCUUCUCGCGGAGCCGGCAGCGACAGUGGCGGCGUAAGGAAGGUGAUUGACGACGAGGAGGAAGACGAGGGCGACGUCGUGGGGUCGAAUGCAGGCCGGAACAAGAAGCGAGGGCUGGUCAUUUUCGAUGACGAUGAAGAUGAACCCGGCUCUGUCUCAACCUCCUCGUUCUCAUCUUCCUCGCCGGCGCCCAUGUCCUCGUCCACGGCUGCCACCUCGCCUGCAGCCGAGGACGCGGUGGCGAGCGCGCGCGGGCCCGCAGGGGUCUCGGAUCAGGGCGAACUCGGCGCCCCGAAGACCCCAGUGGAAGCCUCUUUGGGGGCAGUGGCGUCCUCGGCCGUGGUGAAGAACGAAGCCGCCGCGGCGGCGAACAACUCAGAGACUCGAACAGGUUCGGGAACAGCGAGUGCGGGCGACGCGGCGGGAGCCGAGGAGGGCUUGUCGACCGCCUGCUCCACCAGCAGCCCAGCCAGCACGAAGGACAACGGGGGGCGCAGUGCGCGGAUCAGCUCUGGCGACGGCGGCCGCGUGGAGGGCGAGCGGAGCGAGUCCUCCUCGGGGGCUUCAGCCGUGAGCAAAGAGAAGAAAGAGUUGAGCGCUGCGGGAGUAGUCAAGCAGGAGGCUCUGAAGGCCGAGAAACCGCAAGACGUUAAGAUGGAGAAGUGCGAAGGCAGAGAGACGCGCCGCGGGGGAACGAAGCAGGAGGAGAAAGAGGGCGACCAAACCAACCAAGACGCAGCGCAGGCGGGAGAGGAGAACAAGCAGGAGUUUGUCAUCGAUCGCACGCAACCGAAACUACAGAGGCUGCUGGUCUUCACGCAGUUUCAACUCGUCCUCGACGAACUUGAAGCCUACUGCCAUUACCGCGGGUGGAAAUACCUCAGGCUGGAUGGUUCCACCAACAAGUUCGUCCGCGAGCUGGAUAUCCGCGACUUCCAGAACGAAAACAGCACAUACUUCAUCUAUCUCAUCAGCACUCGCGCCGGAGGGCUAGGCAUCAACUUGACCGCGGCGAACCACGUCGUACUGUAUGACCAUGACUGGAAUCCCUUCAUCGAUCUGCAGGCCAUCGACAGAGCCCACCGUAUCGGCCAGCAGAGAGAAGUCCACGUGUGGAGUCUGGUCAACGAGUGGACGGUGGAGGAGCGCAUGGCUUUCCGCCGAGAACAGAAACUGCGUUUGGACAAGCUCCUGGUCCAGCAGCAAGGAGAGAGCCUGGAGGACGACGACGAAGAACAACACAAGGGCGGAGACAAAAUCUCAACUGAUGAGAUUCGCAAACUCAUGCUGCACGGCCGCAAGGCGAUUGUGGAGGUGGCGGCGAAGAACCCCACGAGCAUCACAGGAGCCUCGCUGGAGGAGUUGACAUACCGCCAGCGUCUGCCUCUCCCUGACUUGACUGAGGCCGACGGCAGGCUGUCGCGCACUGACACUUCGCUGCUGGACUCGAGUCGCAUGACCACCAACGAGGACGGAGAAUACGAUGAGUCUGGGAGUCGAGACGAGGAGAACAUGGUCGACAUCGACGAGGUGAUGAACGAAGAAGCAGAGGAAGAGAGAAAACAGGCGCAGUUGCUCGACUCAGAUACCCUCCCGCCAGAAGGCGGCGCUGGGGAGGCUGCCGGCGCAGGCUCGGGAGGCGCCGACGAAGGCUCUUCCAAAUUUGCCAACGAAGGCGAAGCAAGCGGAGGAGCGGGCGCGUCAGAAGCCGAAGCACGAGCUGAGGGCGGCAGCGGCGAGGCUGUGGAACGCGCUCCAGAGGGAUCUCGCGUCGAUGGCGACGAGGACUCCAACACGGGGAGCACGUCUGGAGGAAGAACCAAGGGGAAGCUCGAGCAGGACUUGCAGCGAGCCGGGGUUCUCUGGCGCUCAGAGAGAGAAAGAAAGAAACCCAUCGCGGUGUACGUUCCACAGGAAUUCGGCCAAAGAGAAGAACGGAAGAAAAUCAAGCACGAACAGCGGUGCUUCCUGUGCGGCAAUGGCAAGGAUUUUGAGCACUCGAGCGUUGACGCGGAUGGAAAUACAGUCAAAACAAAUCUCGGGGACUUGGUUUUCUGCAGCGGAUGCCCGCGGGCCUACCAUCGCGUGUGUGAAGGCCUGCCCAAAGACGUGAAGAAGAGUUGGAGAUGCCGCUGGCAUGAGUGCUGCCUCUGCUUCCGUAAAACGUCUCAGUGCGGAAACAUGCUCAUCCACUGUGCCAAGUGCCCAACGUCUUUCUGCUACGAUUGCUUCCCUCCUGACUACUGCCGCCACAACGUCGGGGAAGAGUACUACUCGCAACUCCGCCAGAGAGGCAUGAACGUGACUCCCCAAAACUGGAUUCUGCUGCUGUGCUCGCGCUGCAAAGCUGUUGAAGAGCAACAGACGCGCAGACGCCUCACCAAGGAGGAGAAGGAACAAGAGAAACAGCAGCAGAAGGAGCUGCGCCAGCAGCAGAAGGAACUCCAUCACGACAUGGACGCUUCGAAGAGAAAGCAGGAGAACCAACAGAGACGGCAGGAAUGCAAGCAACGUGCAGAGGAAGAAAGGCAGUUUCAGGAAGCGAAGCAGCAGAUUGACUCUCAGGACGCGAAGCAAGAGGAGGACCUGCGUCAAGCGUACCAGCACCUCUUCCCGGCGGCGUUCACGGACGAGCUUCACAAGCGAGUCGCUGCGGCCAAGUCAGCCCAGAAGGCGAGUCGGGACGCGUCGGUGGCGGUUCAGGCGCAGGCGGCAGCGGCGGCAGCGGCGGCAGCUGCUGCGGCCUCGGCAGGGAGUCUGGAAGAAGAUCAGCAGAAGAGUCUGCAGGCGGCGGCAGCGGCAGCUCAGUUGGCGGCCGCGAAUGCGAAGAAGGCGCAGACGAAGCGGCCAAUGAACCAGUUGGCGAAUAUGAAGCUCCCAGGCGCCUCGAUCUGUCUGUGCGAAAAUUGUCAUUUCCCCUGCCACGGGGUGCGCGACUACCCGGCGCCAUGCUGCUUCCCUGCGGAAGUCCAGUCGCGUUUUUUCGUCCGCGCGAGCGCCAGCGCGGCUAAGGCAAGCGCCUGCUUCUCCCCUGGGUUCGGCGAGGGCGGCAAAUCUGGGCAGGUGCAGGGCGACGACGACUUGUCGGCGUCGCCGGAUCUCUUGAAGGAGCGGGAAGAGGAGGGGCGGAAGGAGGGAGAGGACAGCAAGAAAAGCGAGGAAGCGGAAGUUUCCGGCAGCGACGGAACUCAACCGUCGCCUUCAGACGAUGGACUGGUGGGAGGCGCGUUGUUGGGCAGCUCAAAUGCGUCGCCGGGGUGCGGAAGAGGAAGGGGGGGAGGCAUAGGAGCAGUGAUGAGUCCGGACGCGCUUGCUGCUCUGGCCGUGAAAGUCGGACUCUCCGCUGAGACGCUUGCGAACGGCGUUGACUCCGCUACCGCCGCCCAAAUCACGACGGCCGGCGGCGGCCCAGAAAACCUCCGCUUCCUGCAUCGCCAAGUCUGCGGCUGCUGCGGAGAGUGUCGAACAGGCAAACGCGGACAUCUCAGAAAACACUGCCCGGCUCUCCCCGCGGAGGAGAAAGAAAAGUAUGCUGAACGACGGGAGAAGAUGGAUCAACUGAUUCAAAAGAUCAAGCAACAUCCGCCGAUUCCUGACACUUCGAACGUGAACGGCUAUGCGGGCGCCUCGCCCCAGCGGCUCAAAUGGUACUUCCAGCAGUACCAAGAUCAAGCGGAUCGUAUCCUGGAAGAGGCGAUGGCCGCUCUGGGCCUUCAAGCGGCGGUCGCCCCGCGGGCAGCGGGCCACCGGCGGUCGGCCGGAGGGGCUCACGGCGUCGGGGGCUGCCCUGCGACCGGUUUGCAGCGGACGCCCUCGCAGCUGACGCUGCAGCAGCAGGACGGGGCUUUGACUGUCGUGGGCGAAGGGGCUGCAGCCGGCGGCCGGAAAAGGAACGCGGAUUCGGGCCAGAGCCUGCUGGCGGGAGCGCCGAGUGCGAAGAAACAAAGUGUGGUGGGCAAGCACCCGAGUGGCGGCCCCAAGAGCGGAGGCCGAGACUCGUCGACUGGCGGCAGCGACGUCGAGGUGGUGGGUGUGGCCCGUGCGAACAGUGCGGCCUCGUCGGGGGCAGGGGGGGGGAAGGGAAGCGGCGAAGGCAAGGCAGCGAGAGGCAGCAAACUCGCGGCGACGAAUCCGUGGAGCAGCGGUCCCCAGCCUUCAGGUGCCGCGUCGAGUGGAAAAGACGGCGGACUGACGCCGAAGACACUUCUCAAGAGCGUGGGCAACGCAGCGGCCCAGGUGGGUCAGGGUGGAGGCUGCGGGAUGCAGCCAGCGGUCUUCCCGGGGUCAGGAUUGAAGCGCCCUCUGAGCGAGGCGAGCAGGGGCAGCUGGCCCGCGAGCGGCGGAGAAGUCACGGCCAGCGGAGGAAGCACAGACAGCAGCCCAAGCAGUGGCGAGGCGUUGCCACAGAAGCGGCGCAAGCCGCCGUCGCCAAAGGGGGGAGGCGCGGGGGCUGAGGCCGGCGGUCGUGCGAAGAAAGCGAGUGAAGGAGCCUCUGUGCUUGGCGCGGCUUCGGGGAGCGGCGCGCCUAACUGUGGCAAUAGCUCGGCAACGGGACUAAAUGCUGUCACGCCUGUUAAACAACAGCAGUCGAUUCUGGAGUUUUUCUGUGCGCGAAAUACGAAAGGAGCGAACACGGUGGGGGCGGGGGGGCCGAUGGCUGCUCUGGCCGCCCUCGCUACUGCCAAACAACGCGCUGGCGUCGGAGGGGGGGUGACUCCUGGUGCAGGAAACAAAGCUGUUUCAUAG